GGCUGCCUGAUUCGGAGCUCUCGGGGUUCCUCUCGUCUGCGGAAUCGCCUCCGCGCCAUCCCUUUUGCGCUCUGCCAGCCCCGUUCUAGUAGAAAUGGCUUUUUCAGAGAAUGCCCGCAAAUUCAAGGGCAAUUCCCAGCAUAGUUUCCGUAACUCCACAAACGAAGAAUUUGCAGCCAAAGAUGAGGAGCAAAAUAAUUACACAGAGGAAACAAACAGGGGCCGGAGAAGGCGGGAUAGACAGCAAGACCAAGGUUCUUCCAUGAUAUACGUGAAAGCGAUCCAGGACAUCCUGGGAACAAAGGUGCCAGGAGGAGAGGCUGCCACUAGUACAAAAUUGAGUAUAAGACGGCCACCCAGGAGUGAAGAAAGACCAGCCAGGGAUGUCCCCUUGUCUGUGCCUCAAAUAAAAGUGUCUGCCUCAGAGGUGAGAGGGGAGAAGAGAGAGACCAGCGACUUCUAUAACAGAAUGAUGAGGCAUCCUGAGGAGAAGCCACGUGGUGACCCAAGGGCACUCAUUUUUGGAAAAGGCUCUCCAACCCGAAAAUUUCUAGAUAGAGGUGACUAUUAUUCAGAAAUCCAAAAGCAUCAAGAUAGGGGUCUGGAAACUGAGAGCCCUUCCUCACGAGGUGACUGGUCUGACAUGGAUGCGAUCUCUGCAUGCAGAUCGCCUGAGGAGAAGCCAUUCUCACUCAAUCCGUCAAAAAUUUCAAAGCCUCCAUCCUUCCCAGCUGAUCCUGUCAGCUGCUGGCCUCAUUUGUACACUGGUCCUUGGCGUGAAUCUGCCAGCUACUGGCCCAGCAGUCCCAAGCCUCCUCGCUAUCUCUCCAUGGGCAGCAGCAGCGACAACACAUCCCAGGCUGGGAAGAACAGCCAGAGCUUCUCGAGUGAUUAUGUCUGCAAUUUUCCAGUGUACUCCCCAAACUGGCGCCGAGAACUGAAGGAGUCAGAAGAAGGCCAAUCCCCCAAUUCUCGUUCAUCUCCUUUUUCCACAAGUUCAAAAGCCGGUGUGAAGGAGAAGAAAUACUAUUUCCAAGAGGAGACCCCAUCACAUGCUUGGGGAGAACAUGCAUCCUGGCAGGGAACAAGGAGCCACAGGAAACAAAGCCUACAGAAGGGUUUCAUUGAUACCCAUUGUCACCUGGACAUACUCUAUUCCAAGUUGUCUUUCAAAGGGACCUUUAGCAAGUUCAGAAAAAUUUAUAGCCGCUUCUUCCCUAAGCAAUUUCAGGGCUGCAUCUCUAAUUUCUGUGAUCCUCGUACACUAAAGGAUGGUCUAUGGGAGGAGCUGUUGCAACAGGAUCUGAUUUGGGGGGCCUUUGGCUGCCACCCCCAUUUUGCACGUUACUACAAUGAGAGUCAAGAAAGAAAUGUUUUGGAAGCCUUACGUCACCCCAAGGCUGUAGCAUAUGGAGAAAUUGGCUUGGAUUACUCCUCUAAGUGCACCACACCUAUCCCACAGCAGCACAAGAUAUUUGAGAGACAGCUGCAGCUGGCCGUGUCUCUAAAGAAGCCCGUGGUGAUCCACUGCCGAGAAGCUGACAAAGAGCUGCUGGGCAUCCUGAAAAAAUAUGUGCCCCCUGAUUACAAGAUCCAUAGGCAUUGCUUCAGUGGCAAUUACUCAGUCAUCGAACCCCUUCUGGACUACUUCCCCAACAUGUUUGUGGGCUUCACAGCACUCCUGACUUACUCUUCUGCCUGGGAAGUCCAGGAUGCUCUGAAAAAGAUCCCACUGGAGAGAAUCGUCGUGGAAACCGAUUCUCCCUACUUCCUCCCUCGUGGAGUUUCCAAAAGCCUUUGCCAGUUUUCCCACCCAGGCAUGGCCCUGUAUACGGUUCGAGAGAUGGCCAGAAUCAAAGAUGAGCCGCUUUACAAGAUCUUGGCCGCCUUACAAGCGAACACCAAUCGCCUCUACAACAUUUAA